AUGAUUCCACAUCUUCAAGAUUUUAUACUUCAUAAAAGAGCACUUUCCUUCAUCUCCAUCAUGAUUGCAAAGGGUUGGCUUCUGCACGUUGGCCUCACGAUGCUCCUCUUCACCGAAAUCUCAACUCAGGGCUGCAACCAACUUCGCAGCAGGCUGCAAAAAUUCAACAAAGGCAGCUUGGAACUUUUCAGCCGCAAAAUGGCAUCAACCUUGCCUUUGCAAUGCAUGGAUGACAUCGUAAACGUCACCCACCCACCCAAUGAAGAGAAUUUCAUGAAGAUUGGUGAACUGCAGGAAAACAAUGCCAUAGUGGCCAUACGUGAAAUCUUCCAAGAGAUUCGUCAUAUCUUCAACCAAAACCAUACCGAAAUGGCCUGGGAUGAGAAUUCCAUAAGCAAUUUCAUGAAUGGGCUGGACCAGGAAAUUGAGAAGCUGGGACCUUGCUUGAGUGCAGGCAGAUAUAGGUUCAAUAUCAGACGAACCGUGAAAAGGUAUUUCCAAAGGAUCAAUGACUUCCUGAAAGUAAAAGUGUACAGCAUGUGCGCCUGGAAGAUUGUCCAGAUGAAAGUGGAGGAUUGUUUUGUGUUGACUGACCGCCUCAUCCGAAGGAUUAACACCGAAGGUAUUUAUUUACUUUUCAACAUAAUCCUUUUUAAAGAAUCAAACAACUAA